UUCAUCUUAAAUGUUGUGUGGAGGCAAGCAGAUUAAAUAACGGGAACAACAUGAAGAUCAUUCAGCUUCAGCUCUAUGUAUUAAUCUGUUGUCAAGCAGCAGUAGCAGAUCAACUAACAGAUUUGGGAUCAAAUGUGUCCAUAAACUGUGAUCUUGAUGAAAAUGAGGUUUAUUGGAUUUUACUGAAAACACCAGAUCCUCCAACAGUGAUUCUACGAUCAUUACCAACACCACUAUCACCUUUUUACUCAAAUAAAACAUUCAGAAAAAAAUAUUCAGUGCAAUUUAAACAUUGUCUGGUUAUAAAUAAUGUGACUGCUGAUGAAUUAGGAGUUUAUUACUGUAUGAAAACAGGCACACCUCUAAGAUUCAGCAACAGCACCAGACUGUACUUCAAUGAAUCAACUCGACUAACUGAGUGUCACAAUCAUACAGUUGUGGAGAAUCAAACACAAUGGCCGAUUAUUAUCAUCAUAUCUGGUCUGAUGAUCGGGCUUCUAGUCAUUGUGCUGAUCGGACUAUUAAAAGUUUUAGUCAUUGGAAAAAGAAGGUCCACAGAACAAUCACAACUCAACACUGAUCUACAGCAGAUGCAAGUUAUAGAAGAGCAUCAGGACCAACUACAGUACGCUGAGGUAGAUUUUACCAAGCUGCGUAGAAAUAUUCGGUUCAGCCAAAUCAACAGCACCUAUACCGCACUAAACCUGCCAAAGUCAUAAACACAUGAGUAUGACUGAUGCUUAUAUUGUACAUUAUUUGAUUAUUAACCUUUUCAUUUCAUAAACCUAUUUAAAUAUGAUAAUUAAAUAUGAUAAUUCCAAGUACAACACAAGCUAAAAAUGCUAAUUU